GUGUGAAAGCAGACUGCAGCUUCUUUUGUUCAAAUCAAUCAAACCGGAGACGGGUAGAGAGCUGCUGAAUCAGGAAAUCACCGCUUCAGAUAACAAAAUGCCCCGUAAGAAGGUGACAGAUGUCUCAGGGAAUGGUGGGGUGAAAAAGAAGCGGACCAGCGGCAAGAGGAAAGAGAGAGACUUCAGUAGUGAUGAGGACUUUGACUUCGAACAGGAGAACAACAAGAAACCUGGCAAGCCUGCUAAGUCCGGCCUGCAGCCUGUCACUGUGGCAGAUGACGUCAAAGAGAAAAUAAAACUUGAUUGCUCAAAGAUAAAAGGUCAACUGCUGAUCUUUGGAGCAACCAACUGGGAUUUGAUUGGAAGAAAGGAGGUGCCUAAACAACAAGGUAGAGCAUUUCAAUGUAUAUCUAUAUCAAAUAGCUGAUUGGGUCUAUAGUAG